AUGACAAGCUUCUGUUACAGCUGUUCAACACACCACGGGCCUGCAGUUCUCGAAUUGCUAAUUACUGCGUAUGAUGGCGGCCCGCGAGCGAGAUAUGCCAGCACGGUUACCUACCGAUUCGAGACUGGCUCCGUUUCGCCAGGAGAUGAGCUGUGGAUUGGGGCCCCGGUGCUAUCUCUGACGGUGCUCGACAACGUUUGGCUACACCUCCGUCUCGUGACGGCACAAUGGGGCCGUCGCUCGCGGAUCCUUAUCGACGACUCUUCUUCUUCCCCAUGGCUGAGGAAACCUCUUGAGACUUCCAGCAACCACUUCGGCCACGCUAUGCCUGUUGCAUCGAGUCAGCCGAAUGUCAAGACUCGAGAAUCGAUGGAAGUGCAAGGUACUCCUGACCAGUGCUGUGCUUAUCCGCCUUUCCACCCUGGCGGCCAUGCUUGCAGAGGCCAAGCUUCUAGAAACCAACGUGAACCCUCGCUCGCUUGA